UCCCACUCGCCCUCCUCAGCGUCGCGGAGAUGGGAAAAAAAAGGGGGGGGGGGAGGAGUGAUGGCGGCACCGGCUGAUUGAGGGCGCGGGCUUCCGUGAGCUCCACCCGGCUGCCUCUCUCCGUGCUAGCCCAUGCUGCUUCCGCCUAGGCUGCGGAGGGCCAUGAGGCCGAGGGCUGAGGCCGUCCUCUUCCUUUUCCUCCUCCCCUCCCUCGGCAGUAGUCGGAGCCCCCAGUCACGAGAAGGAGCAGAGGCGCUUGAGUGCAGCGGCGAGAGGAGCUGAAGCCAAAUCGCGCCCCGUGCCAAGAGCCCCGGGGGGAGGAGAGAAAAUGCUGCUGUCGCUGCUGCUGCACACUUACUCUUUGCGCUACGUGCUGCCCGCCGCUGUCAUGCUGGGCACCGCGCCCACCUACAUCCUGGCCUGGGGGGCCUGGCGGCUGCUCUCGACCCUGCUGCCCGCCCGCUUCUACCACAAGGUAGACGACCGGCUCUACACCAUCUACCAGAGCAUGGUGCUCUUCUUUUUCGAGCACUACACCGGCGUGCAGGUGAGGCAGGGCGGAUCACGGGAAAAACGUUAUAAAAUAAAAGCAAAAACACCUGCAUGUUCUUAUCAUUGCAAAAGCAAAUUUAAGAGCAUAGAAAGCUGCUUACCCUUCAGCAUGGAAAAUGUUGGUACACAUGGUGGAAUGUAUGUGAAACGAAGUGCCAGAUUUAAUGAAAAGAAAAUGAGGAACAAGUUGCAUAUGCAGAUGAAAACAAAAACUCCAAUGUACUUUGUGAUUUUCCCAGAAGGAACACGUUACGAUCCAGAGCUGCCCAAAGUCAUUGCAGAUAGUCAGGCAUAUGCUGAUAAGGAAGGUCUCCCAGUACUGAAACAUGUCCUUACUCCACGGGUGAAGGCCACUCACGUUGCUAUUGAUUCAAUGAAGAGCUACUUAGAUGCAGUUUAUGAUAUUACAGUAGCCUAUGAAGGUACUAUAGACCAUAAAGGACAAAGGAAAUUGGCACCAUCCAUGACCGACUUUCUUUGUAAGGAGUGCCCAAGACUUCAUAUCUAUUUUGAACGAAUUGAACUAGAAGACAUUCCAAAAGAACAAAUAUUUAUGAGAAGAUGGCUUCAUGAACGUUUUGAAGUCAAGGACAAGUUGCUAAUAGAAUUUUAUGAUGCAAAAGAUUCUAAAAGAAGAAAUAGGUUCCCUGGGAAAAGUGUUCAUUCCAAACUAAGUCUCCAGAAAACAGUGCCGUCCUUAUUAUUUUUAAGUGGCUUGACUGCCAGCAUGCUACUGACAGAGUCUGGAAGGAAACUUUACAUCAAAACAUGGAUAUAUGGGAGCUUAUUAGGCUGUCUUUGGGUCAGUAUUAAAGCAUAAAAACUGCACUUUCAUUCAGUGGCUUUUCUCUCUUGCUUUGCACAUAGCAUCAAAUUCUUUCUUAAAUUUAUAUUUAACAUUUAAAUAAAUUCUUAUCAGUUGAA